AUGAAGCUCAGCGAAGACGACCUCUAUCGUACCUCUACCCAGUACCGAAAUUGGUCCUUCACUGCCACACAACUCGCCGCCCAGCGCCUCAAGAUCAACCUCCAGGCCACCGGGCGCGUCAAGGCGAAUCUCGCACGCGUACGAGCGCAGCGCGCGCACGAUGUCGUAGAUGGUGAUGGCACAGGAUCUGGUGUUGACAAGGAGAAUGGGAGUGGAACAAGUGGAACGAAUACGCCGAAUGCGGGUAUGCAGUCUGUGACGGAGGUGAAUUGCCUGACCGCAGAGGAAGAAUUGAAGAUUGUGGAUGAGUUCUGCGAGCGCGCCAUUGCGCUGGGGAGUCACUACAGUUUCCCAUUGAGCGUAGUUGCAACAUGCAUACAAUUCCUUCGCCGCUUCUACCUGUACAAUUCGCCCAUGACGUACCACGUCAACACCAUCCUGCGGACCGUAAUGUUCAUGACGACUAAAGUCGAGCUAUUCCCCAUCCACGUUUCGCAAUACGCAGAGGGCGCAGGCCGUAAUGUGACCACCGAAGACAUUCUCGCACCCGAAUACAUCAUCAUGCAAGGUCUACGCUACAACCUUGAUGUCCGACACCCCUUCCGCGCCAUAAAAGCCGGGCACAUGGAACUCCUCGAGAUGGCGCAUGGAAAAUAUCAAGGUCCUGCACAGGGCAUGUCGCCCAAGGAGAUACAAUCCAAGAUCCUACAACUCCCCGUCAAACCCGGUGCGCCCCCCAUUAAAAUGCCAGAGCGCAAAGUAGAAGAGAGAAUACACGCAGCAUACGGCACAGCAACAAACACGCUCCGCACAAUUGCCGUCCUAACAGACGCCUACUUCCUCUACACCCCCUCCCAAAUCUGGCUCAGCGCUCACCUCCUCGCCGAUGAACCCCUAACCCUCUUCUACCUGUCCACAAAAGUACCUCCAUCAGCCCCCCAUUACGAAAAACUCAUGUCCACAAUCCGGUCCUGCGCACAACUCAUAUCAUCCCACCGGCUCUACACCAACGCCGCGCUCCCGGCGCCUGAACGAGAAGCCCGCGAAGCAAGGCACAAGGCCCAGGUUAAGGCCCUGGUCCAGAAACUAAAAAAUUGCCGCGACCCGGAUAAGGUUGAUUUGGUUAAGCUGAAUCAGGCGCAGAAGAGAGAUGCGGUGCAAGGUGAUGCGCUUGAGGAGAGUAAGGCUAAGAGGAGGAAGUUGGCGAGGGAGGGGUAUGAGAAGGAGAGUGAUGCUUUUUGGGGGCCGGAAUUGCCAAAGGGUGCUGCGGCGGAGUGAAGAAGGAGUAAGUACUACUGGGAUGACAAAGAGUAUUGUUAUACUGGCGCAUGUAUUUCUUGAGGGUCAGGCUAGGGCAUUGGGUGGCGUUCAAGAUACCAGGGAUCUGCUUUUUAGGUGGUCAAAAGGUCUUUAGUCUUAAGCUUCUUCAGAGGAAUCUACUCCUGCUGCAGGUUAUCAGUUUUUCUU